GGAGAAACUCCUGGGACACUUCUCUAAAUUAAUGGAGCACUCUGUCAUGAAACCUGCUGAGAUUGCGUCAACAUUUGCACCGGUGUUGAUCAGUUCAGAUUCAGUUAUGGAAAAUGAGGCUGUACAAGUUUUACAGUCAAUUCUUCAGAAUAUGCAGAGAGAAAGUUUUCUGAGUGAUUCUUCAUCAACCUUACAAUCCACUCCUAUGUCUUCACCAAUCAGACAGCAACCAGGCUCAAGAAACACUGUUGCUGCUGCUUCCUCCAGGAAUACUUCCAAGGUUGAAGAUAUUGACCUUGAUUCCGAAGAUGGUGAUAGCUUUUUUGAAAAUAAAGUUAAAUUAACAGAAACUGCUGCUUAUCAGAAGAUGAUAGGAAGUACUCAGAUGUCCCAAAGUAAGAAUGAGUUUGAUGAUGAUGAUAAUGAUGAUGACGAUGUGUCUGCAUUAGAGAAAACUGAAGGUGAUGAAGACAUUGAUGAGAUUGAGAAUGAAGCCAGAUUAACACCAACAUCAGGUACAUCAGAAGGAAAAAAAAAAUCACGAAACCUUCUGUCAUCUUUGAAUUAUGCUGAUGAAGAAGAGGAUAAAAUAGAAAACAAACUAUCAUCAUCUUGGAGAUCAGGUCAUGUGACAUCCCCUGAUGAGAGUUCACUUAUCAGUACCCCAUCAGCAACGCCGAGAUCACCAGCAUACAUACCAACAGCAAUGACUGAUACUGGGAACCAAUCCAAAAGUGAAUCUUUUGCCAAGAGAUCAGCUGCUUUUUGGGAUGGAUCAGAUUUAGAUGAAUCAGAUUCAAUCGCUCUCCCCAUGGCAACUGGAACAAUCGGAAGCACUCAAAAAACUGUUCAAGAGGAAGAAGAAAAAGAUGAUUUUGAUUUUUAUGAUUAACAGUACCUUCUGAAUUUCAUGUCAACUCAAUUUGGGCUGUGAUAAUUUUCAUGAUUUUGUUUUUCAUUUAUCAGCAAUUUUUUUAGAUAUUCAAAUAAUCACUCCAAUUAUUCUUGAAAAGAUAGAUUAUAAAUAAUAUAAAGGGCACAAUCUCAAUUCAUGUUCAAAAGGGUGGAUUUUGUGACUGUAGAUCAACUACUAAUCAGUUUGCGCCAGGAAAUAAAUAACUGCGAAUUAACAUUUUUGGCCUAAUGUGAACAGGAUUAAACGAUGUCAUUUAUUACUGUGAUUGGAGAAAAUGGCAUAAAG